CUGCUAGGUCUCACGCACCGCCUCUCCCGGCGGGCAUCGCCUUGGCCGGCGGGUGGCGAGCGGCGUCGAAGGUGAGGAGAGGCAGACUCCGACACCGCCGCGGCGAGUUACAUCGUUUUCCAAUCUGUCCGCUUCCGCCGCUGCUGGACACCAAGCCAAAAUGUUCAGGAUGCUAAGCAGCAGCUUUGAGGAUGAUCCUUUUUUCUCUGAUUCUUUUCGUGCACAUCGAGAUAGUAUGCGACAGAUGAUGAGAAGUUUUUCUGAACCUUUUGGAAGAGAUAUGCUCAGAAUCUCUGAUGGUAGACGAAGAGCUCGUAAUCAUACAAGACAUGAUGAUGGUGAAGAUUUUUUGACUGCAACGAACUUUUCUCUUGUGCCUUUUGGAAGCUUUGAGGGCAUGCAUACAGAUGUCAGCCCUUUUCAGGCAAUGGACCGGAUGAUGUUAAAUAUGCGAAACAGUAUGCAGGAAUUACAAAGAAACUUUGAUCAUCUUUCAGUGGCUCCACAUGGACAUUCAUUUUGUUCUUCCUCAGUUAUGACUUAUUCCAAAGUAGGAGAUGAACCACCAAAAGUUUUCCAGGCCUCAGCUCAAACCCGUAGGGCUCCAGGAGGAAUAAAAGAAACCAGGAGAGCAAUGAGAGAUUCUGACAGUGGACUAGAAAAAAUGGCUGUUGGUCAUCAUAUCCAUGAUCGAGCUCAUGUUAUCAAAAAGUCAAAGAACAACAAGACUGGAGAUGAAGAGGUCAAUCAAGAGUUCAUUAAUAUGAGUGAAAGCGAUGCUCAUGCGUUUGACGAUGAGUGGCAAAAUGAGAUUCUGAAGUAUAAACCAGGGAGACAGUGGCACAAUCUAGAAAACACUAGAGUGCAAAGUGUCGGUCAUGAGAAUUCAAGACUCAGAGAAUUUAAAAGAAGGGAGAAACGUCUUCAAAGUCCAGCCAUAGAAAGCAAAAGAAGACCAGACAUUUUUGUGGACAAACUCAACAUCAAAGGAUCACCUGUGAAAAUCAACAAAAAAUAAAUAACCAUGCAUUUGAUUUGUUAAGUUUGGGUUAUUUUAACAGAGAAAGUAAUGGUGCUGAGUAUUAUAUACGUAAGACCAAUCUGUUGUUAAAUCACUAUUAUACUUUGCAACUUUCUUCUGUUAUCUGAAUGUUGUUGGAAGUUCUAGCUUUGUAUUAUUCCAACUGUAGGAAUAAAAUUUUGAUUUUCAAUGUGAUUAAAUUGUUACACAUUCUUAAAACUCUUUAACACAUACUAAUUCCCAAAGCCCAUAUCUUAAUUUUGCUUCCAAAUUGCUUUUGCCCUGGUACUGAUAAAAAAAACCAAAUUACUUUUGUAUUGGCUGUAUUCUUGUCUAUUUGUCAAGGUUAAUUAUAGAGCUGGUUCAGUCAUAGUUCUGAGAAAGUAAAGUCUUAAAAAUGGAUCUAGUUUCCACCAUCACCAUACUAGAAUGACAUGAGCCAUGAGUAUGGUGUACACCUACCAUCCUAACCCUCCAGAAGGUGAGGCAGAAGAAUGCAAAUUCAAGGUCAGCUUGGGCUACAUACAGAGACCGUUUCAGAAAAAGAAAACUGGACAAACAUUUAAAAAUCAUUAUACUAAAGCAAUGUUCAUAAAGGUUUAAAUAACUUAUCUCAGAUUUUAUACUGUUAAACAGCCAACUAGCUUACAGCUUUAAAAAUAAUCAAAACUUAUUCUAGUACUGUUAUAUAAGAAAUUGUUAUUUUGAUAAAGUCAAGAAUAAUUAGUUCAUUUUUACAAUAAAAGUUAAAAUUGAUAAUGUAUACAAAUUUUUCUAUUAUAAUUCCAUAUACAUUUUUUGUUUUAUAUUACAUUCUUAAUAUUUUAAAUAAUUUGUGUCCCCUUUUUCUUUAAUUUCUUAAAGUGGCAUAUUUCUGUUCUUUCCCACAAACAAGUUUAAUCUACUUCAAAGUUAACAUUUUAAAGUUGGAGAGACCUUAGAAGAACUCUGCUUCACCCUUUUGUGACACUUAGAAAAAUGCAUUUGUUAACGUGAAGACUAGAAUGAUCGAGGAUGUCAAAAUAGUGUUUUUGAGCAAAACGUUUAAUAAUUCAGUUGUUCCUCUUUUAAUUGUACCGUUUAAAAAAUUCAACCUAGGUUUUUUACUCAAGAAUUCACACAUUAAUCUACUUUUAUAAAGGUUAUGGAAGAAAUACUAUAUAAGAAUAAAAAAUCUAACCUCAUAUCUGUUGCUUCAGACAAAAAAGUCCACUAUCGUGAUGUAAUUCAAAGUACUUUUCUUCGUAAAUUAGAAGUAAAAUUAUGUGAUUGUCCUCAUACCUCCUCUAGUUCCCUAUAUUCUCUUUCUCUCUCCUUUUAGUUUUCUGUUUUCUAUGCCAGAUAAUUUUCCUAUUCUGUUUUGUGCCUUUAGUCACUAAAAUAAGAUGCAAAUGUAUUAAUUCAUGUUGUAAGUGAAAUUAAUUGAGUAUGUAUUAGUUAAAAUAGAUUUAUUAUGCAGUUUUGUAUGCUAGUAACAUAAUAGGAAGUUAUUAUAUGGUGUAAGUUUUAAAUAACACUUAUAUAAAUUUAUUGGAUAGAGCAAAGUCUCAAUAGAUACUAGUCUCCUUUUGUCUAAAUAACACCAAUAAUUUAAAUAAUUAUUUUCAAAUCUAUAGUUAUACUUUAGUAAAUUAUUAUAUUUAGUGUAACUUUUAUAUCAUAGAACAUUUACAGAAUUGUAACAUACUUUUUUCUCACAAUUUGUUUACUGUGGAAAUCAAAUUGAAGUAAAUUUAAUUAUAUUGAAAAUUGAAAUGUACCUAUAUUUCUUCUUAUGCGGUGGUGCUUCUUAGUAGAAAUUUACAAAAUAUGUUAUACAUAAAGAUUAAAUAUCAGAUAGCAGCCAGGCAUGACAACACGUUUAAAUCCAAGUACUUGGGAGGCUGAGGGAGGAGGCUCACUAGGGGUUCAAGGCCAUCCUGCACUACAUAAUGAGUUGAAGGCCAGCCUGAACUACUUAGUGAGACCCUAUCUCAAACAACGAAAGCAAAAAUGAAAACAACAAAAAAUCAGAUAGUACCCCAUAUGUAGUCUCGUCUACAUAUAUAAUUUUUUCAGGGUUCUACUUGGACCUUGCAAAUGACAAAACUAUGGAAAAUUGUUCAUACAGAGAGAUGAACAUAAAUUUUGAUAAUGUAAUACAUUCAUACAUGUUUUUAAAUAAGACUUAAGGCUUGCUAGUAAUAAUCACAUUAUGCCACAGGUACAUAAUUAUUUUAUAGAAAUCAUAUUUUGACCAUUAACAUUUGAAACUAAUAUAAACUGAUCUUCCUUCUUUCUCAUUUAGUAUUCACUUUUGUCUAGUGUGCAUUGUUUGUUAAAUAUAAUGUUUUAUAAUAGCCAUAAAACUUCAGUAAAAUUUUGUUAUCUUCUAUUUAGAAUUUACUAAAAGUAUGUGCACUGAAUCCCAGCUUAAAUUGCUGAAAAUUGACAUGCACAUUUGGUUUAAAAAGCCAUCACCUCAGAUUUUUCCCUAAAAGUGCUCAGUUUUAUCCCCGAAACUGGUGUUAGCAGCAGGCAUUUUCUUUGAUUUGUGAUAAAUGAUGAAUUUCCCUUAAAUUGCAUGAAUGGAAAUACUUGCAAUGCAAAGAGGUAAUGACCCUUCUCUUGUUCAAUUGUAUCUCUGUGUAGUAGAAUAAAAAGAGACUCUUUGUUCCUGCAGUGAUAGAUAUAGAAUUGUAUUCAUUUUUAUUUAUCCUUGAAUCUUCAAAAUCAUAUCUUCUUUAUCACUGGACUGAAGCAUAAGUAAGAGAAUGUAAACACAAAAUACUACCUCUUUUACACAUGCUCUUAUAUUACUCUUUGGAAUUUGAAAAUUCUAAAAUGUACAAAAUACCUCACCAGUGUGCCUCAAAAUUUACCUGCCAUACAGACAUAGUACUCCCUCUUCUUCCUGUUAAAUAUGACUUGUUUGUGCAUGUCAUAUAUUUUGUAAAUUUCCACUGAGAAAGCAUCAUGGCAUAAGAAAUGUCUUCUAUUAAAAUUUGCUAUAUUUAAUAGGAUUGUGUUGAUCAUUCUUUGACUUGCUGAUGUUAUUGAGAGCAAAGUUAACAAUAUAAAGUGUAGAUUUUUAAAAAUUCCUUGAUAUAUACUCCAGACUGCUUUACAGAAAGAUUGCACCAAUUUAUAAUCAUCCCACCGAAUUGUUACAAGAGUAUCUAUUUUUUCAAAUCCUUUGUCCAAAUUGGAAAGUAGAUAAUGAUUUUUCAUCUUCUAUUGUUACAGAUUUUAUAUAGGUAAAAUAGUAUCUCUUUGUCUUAAUUUUGUAUGUGUCUUUGAUAGUGAAAUAAUAACCUUGUUCUUGUGUUUACUGCUCA